GUCAAAUUAUAUUUUUAGCCUUUAAAUUAACACCAACACGGCAGAAGAUCAAAAAAAGGACCAUUUGUGGAAAGAUGGAAACCUGGUCUUCUUCUUCUUCUUCACCACCGGAGACCACUAUCAUGGCUGCCCUCUCCACUCUCUCCCCCUCCGUCCUCUCUCACCUCACCCGCCACCUCACCGCCACGUUCCACCACCGCAGCCGCCGCCUCUCCGCCCUCCUCUCCUCCCCCACCCUCUUCUCCCUCACCCUCCACCGCCUCCACACCCUCUCCCUCCCCCAGAAAUCCCUCCUCAUCUCCCGCCACCUCCUCUCCCACCUCUCCCUCUUGGCCACCCACGCCCUCCUCCCUGCCUCCUCCCCCGUGACAACCCUCCGCGACCUCGACGCUGCCCUCCUCCUCCUCCUCCUCUGCGACCUCCACCGCACAGACGCCGGAGCCCUCGACGCCCCGCCGUCGCGGUGGCGCGACGCGCUCUGCCGCCGCGCGGCGGAGAGCGCUCUGACGCUCCCCGCCGGGGCUCUGUCGGAGUUCGUGGACCUCGUGGCGAGCUGGUCCGAUUCUGACUCGCGGUUCCCGUACCCGAUUGCCCACCCCUACGGAGUAUUAUCUAACCCAAUAUCCCAAAAAGUUUCCGGCCUCUCUCUCCGAGCAACCUUCCCUAUGGCGGACAACAAGAAGCGCCGGCGAGCAACCCACGACGCCGGCGCCGAACGGAUUCCGUUCAAAUCCAAGGUCAUACCGGACUCCGACAUCCUCCAAAUCCUCAAGAACCUAAAGGACGCAGCAGUGGCUUCCUCCUCCACCUCAAAAACCCUAACCCUCUCCGACCUGGAUCUCGCCGAUAACUUCCGCGAAGUCAAAGAUCUCCCCCUCUCCGCCGUGCAAACCUCCAUAGAGGAUCUCAUUCUCAGCCUCGCCCGCUCCAUCCUCUCCGGCCAAGGGUUCUCCUACACCGUCCCCUCCCGCUCCUCCGCCAACCAGCUCUAUAUCCCCGAACUCGAUCGCAUCGUCCUCAAAGACAAGGCAUCCGUCCGCCCCUUCGCCAAUGUCUCCACCGUCCGGAAAACCACCAUCACCACCCGCAUCCUCCGCCUCAUCCACGAGCUCUGCUCCAAGCAAAUCCACGUCACGAAGCGGGACCUCUUCUAUUCCGACGUGAAGCUAUUUGUGGACCAGACUCAAUCCGACGCCGUUUUAGACGACGUCUCCUGCAUCCUGGGGUGUACCAGGUCCAGCCUGAAUGUGGUUGCCUCUGAGAAAGGAGUUGUUGUGGGUAGGCUUAUUUUCAGUGACCAUGGCGAUGUGAUUGAUUGCACGAAGAUGGGGAUGGGAGGAAAGGCCAUCCCCCCAAACAUUGACAGGGUUGGGGAUAUGCAGAGUGAUGCACUAUUCAUACUCUUGGUUGAGAAGGAUGCUGCUUAUAUGAGACUGGCUGAGGACAGGUUUUACAACCGGUUUCCAUGUAUCAUUGUCACGGCCAAGGGACAGCCGGAUGUGGCUACAAGGUUGUUCUUGAGAAAAAUGAAGAUGGAGUUGAACUUGCCGGUGCUAGCUCUUGUGGACAGUGAUCCAUAUGGGCUCAAGAUUCUAUCUGUGUAUGGGUGUGGGUCUAAGAACAUGUCUUAUGACAGCGCGAAUCUGACAACUCCGGAUAUAAAAUGGUUGGGUGUCCGACCGAGUGAUCUGGACAAGUACAACAUACCUGAACUCUGCAGGUUGGAUAUGACCGAGCAGGAUAUUAAGACCGGGAAGGAUUUGUUGGAAGAAGACUUUGUGAAGAAGAACCCCGGGUGGGUCGAGGAGUUGAAUUUGAUGGUUAAAUCCAAACACAAGGCUGAGAUUCAGGCGCUGAGCUCGUUCGGGUUUCAGUACCUCACUGAAGUGUAUUUGCCGUUGAAGCUUCAGCAGAAAGAUUGGAUCUAAAGGAUAAAUUUGCAGGCUUGGCUUUGCUUUCUAUGCAUAGAGUGAGUGCCCCCCUUGGCCUUCUCCCUAUGAAAACUUUUAUGUAUGAGUAUCUGUUUUUGUAGUGUGCAUUUUGAGGUGCAAUAUUGGCUUCUCAGAAAGGAUUUUCAAAAGGUAAAAAGAAACUAUCCAGUAACCUCUAUGGGUUCAUCUCCUGGUGUUUGGCUAGGAAUUUUGGAGACCAUUUGCUAUUUUAAGUAAGAUCCUCCUGUAUCAGCUAGCCAUUUGGCAUUGUACUUUAAGGUUGAGUUAUACAUUUUGCUUUCUUGACUUGGAUGUUUUGUGAUAUGUUCAUUUUCUGUAAUCAUGAUGUAUUCUAAUACUCAUAUUUCCUAUUGGCAUGAUUUUUAACCAA